AAAAAGGCCAUCCAGGUCCGCAAACAGUUAGAACAUGUCACGUUGAAAACGUAAUCCAACAUUCCAAGAACCACAAACAACGUUACUCCACUAAAAAAACAAUGGCCAUUGCUUCUUCUUCCUCUUCCCUCAUUUCCACAUUCUUCUUCCAUUCUUCCUCAUUUUCUCGCUCUAUAAUCACCAAAUCCAAAUCCCUCCAUUUCCAUUCACCAUCCCAUUCUAUUUCUCACCCUACCCUUUUCCUCCUACACCCUCCUCCUCCUCAAACCCCAUUAACCAAAACACAACCACUUUCACUUCCAAACCUCUGUAUACCUAAAACCUGUUUAGAUUCUCUUUUCAUUUUCUGUACUUCAAUUGCACUCUCUUUCACUCUCUUCAUUUCAAAUCCUGAUUCAGCUUCUGCUUUUGUUGUAACCACACCAAGGAAGUUGCAGACCGAUGAACUAGCUACUGUUCGUCUCUUUCAAGAGAAUACUCCUUCUGUUGUUUAUAUAACUAAUCUUGCUGUCAAGCAGGAUGCGUUUACUCUGGACGUGUUGGAGGUUCCUCAAGGAUCAGGGUCGGGUUUCGUUUGGGAUAAGGAUGGUCAUAUAGUCACCAAUUAUCAUGUUAUCAGGGGUGCUUCUGAUCUCAGGGUCACUCUUGCAGACCAAUCAACUUAUGAUGCAAAAGUUGUUGGUUUUGACCAAGACAAGGACGUUGCCGUGCUUCGCGUUGAUGCGCCUAAAGAGAAGCUAAGACCUAUACCUGUUGGGGUCUCUGCGGACUUGCUCGUUGGUCAGAAAGUGUAUGCUAUUGGGAACCCGUUUGGACUUGACCACACUCUUACAACUGGAGUCAUCAGUGGACUUCGGCGAGAAAUUAGUUCGGCUGCAACUGGUCGUCCUAUUCAAGAUGUUAUACAGACCGACGCAGCAAUUAAUCCUGGUAACAGUGGAGGGCCACUCCUUGAUAGUUCUGGAAGCCUCAUUGGGAUUAAUACAGCUAUAUACUCCCCUUCUGGUGCAUCCUCCGGUGUUGGAUUUUCUAUUCCUGUCGAUACUGUAAAUGGCAUUGUUGAUCAAUUGGUGAAGUUUGGGAAGGUUACUAGACCUAUAUUAGGGAUCAAGUUUGCUCCUGACCAAUCUGUGGAGCAAUUGGGAGUAAGUGGAGUGCUUGUCUUGGAUGCUCCUGCCACUGGUCCAGCUGGAAAAGCAGGCUUACAAUCGACAAAGCGUGAUGCCUACGGGAGACUCAUUUUAGGAGACAUCAUAACAUCUGUGAAUGGUAAGAAGGUUACUAAUGGAAGCGACUUGUACAGAAUUCUUGAUCAAUGUGAAGUUGGCGAGAAGGUGAUUGUGGAGGUUUUGCGAGGUGACCACAAAGAAAAGAUCCCGGUCGUUCUCGAGCCAAAGGCCGACGAAUCAUGAUGUGCAACUCAUUCUACAUCAUUCAUGUAUAUAUACACAUUUUAUUUGGCAGGGAAUGCAGCUGUUUUAUGUGCAUUCUUAGGUUGUUUCCCAAUUGUGUACAUACUGUACUACCUCUCCAAGAUAAGUUGAGAUUGAACAAAAGAAAAGCACCAGAAGAAACAUUAUAUGCUUAUUAUUGUUGUGAAGAAUAGAUUCAUUCGCUUA